UUAAUACUCUGGUCACCCGGAUGAUGUUUUUUUUUAUGAUGACACAUUGAUGAAAGUCCAGCUUUCUAAAUUGCAAACAGAAAAAGUAAACCAGUGGUGAUGGAUCCAUUAGGAGUGCCAGUUGACAUAGUUGAAAUAAACUCUUUGAAACGUUGGAGCAAAAUCACACCAAGAGAUCUACCUGAUGCUAGCAAUUUUGGAAAUCAAGAGAAGAUUCAUCAGAUCAGUCCAUUUCCUUAUAGUGAAUACAUCAACAAGAAAGUUGUUUUAUGGGCAGGAGAUUUAUCUUGUCUUCGUGCUCAAGCAAUUGUAAACUCGACAAAUGAGACAUUGAAUGACAAAAACCCACUAAGUGAGCGCAUAUUACGUCGAGCUGGUCUGCAACUUAAAUAUGAACUCCAUACAAACAUAAAAGGAUGUAGGACAGGUGAAGCCAAGCUGACCAAAGGAUAUAAUCUUCCUGCUCAAUACAUAAUGCAUACAGUUGGUCCUAAGUACAAUGUCAAGUACCAAACUGCUGCUGAGAGUGCAUUGUUUUCAUGUUACUUCAAAAUUUUACAACUUGUAAGGGAACACUCACUGACAUCAUUAGGACUUUGUGUUAUCAACUCUAUUAGAAGAGGCUAUCCCCCACAUGAAGGUGCACAUAUUGCAUUAAGAACUGUACGGAGGUUUAUAGAAAAGUUUGGGGAAGAUAUUGAAGUGGUUGUAUUUGCUGUUGAUGAUGUGGAUGUGGGAAUAUAUGAGCUCUUGAUGCCUCUCUACUAUCCACGUUCGAAGAUAGAAGAGGAAUAUGCAAUGUAUUAUCUUCCCCCAGAUGUGGGUGGUAUAAAUGGAGAACCUUUUCUUCCUGAGAGACAAAUUCGUAUUGUUGAUAAGCCAUUCCAUGAUGAGGAAGACUUAGAACAAAGUGUUGAUUUAGCAAAGCAACUAGAGUCAUCAGUCAAUGUUGGAAAAACAUCUUUUGCAAAAAUGCAUGGAGAUGUUGAUAAGAAAAGAACCAGCUCUCAGAAAAUUAGUGUCAAUCCUGAUACUCUAAUAACGGAAGUACAAAGAAAGAACAAAUAUGAGAGGUUGAUCCGUCGGUCCAGGAUAGAGGACCUCAGAUCAAUAGAAAACCUUCGGUGUCUGUAUCACUGUGGAGAAGACAGGUUUGGUCGUCCAGUGAUAGUCUUUAUUGGUCAUCGUUUAAGAUUGUCAGAAGUAAAUAUUGACAAAGCAAUAUUAUAUUUGAUCCAUACAAUGGACCAAGUCGUAAGACGGGACUACAUAGUUGUUUACUUCCACUCACUAACGACUAAAGAAAAUCACCUUCCCCUUUCAUUUCUGAAAGAUGUAUAUAGCCUCCUAGACUUCACAUACAAAAAGAAUCUCCGUUCUUUUUAUAUUGUCCACCCUACCUUUUGGAGCAGAGUGAUGACUUGGUGGUUUACAACAUUUACAGCUUCCACAAUCAAAGACAAAAUUCAAUCACUAGGUGGCAUUGAAUAUUUAUAUUAUCUCAUCCCACCUGAACAGUUAGACAUCCCUGAAGAUAUCCUUGAAUAUGACAAUAAGAUCAAUGGAGUCCGAUAUUGCACACGACCAGCAACAGAUGCUGCUGCUGCAUUAUAGAAUGUAUCCUAAUUGGAAAACUGUUGUAUAACUAUUUCUAGAACUGUGAACCUACUUGAGAAAGACUAUUGAAAGUUGUCCUACCAUUUUGUAAAGAAAUUGUGUGAAAAUGAUCUGUAAAAAAAUUAAUCCAACCACAUUACAAGCUUUCUAAAGUGCUCUUGUGUGUGUAUGUGUAGGGGGGGGAGGCAUGUAAUUUUUAAAAGUAACCAGAUAAAAAACAUUAAAGUUCAUGUAACUUACUUGCUCGAUGAUUUGAGUUUUGGAUAUUUGUGAAACAUUAUGAUGUUUUGGAAAAUUAUUAAUCACAGGUGAAAUAUUUGUCACGUUGAUUUUAGUGUCUGCUUAGGAUGUUAAACAUUUCCAUAAAUUCUGUGAAGUCAGAAUAAGAAAACUCUUAUUUCAACUUGUGCAAGAAAUCUUGAAUUUAAAAGUAAUUUUAGUGCAAAAAAUUUUUGUUUGACAUAAGUGAAAUUUAAUUUUAAUGUAUAUAACAUUUGCAGAGCAGGACACUGAAACUUUCAGCUUGUCUUGUACAGUUUGUCACAGUAAUUGAACUUAGUUUGUUUUAUAAAUGUUUGUCUUGCCUUUUUUUUUCCUCAUUCCCUAACCAUCUUUUCAUAGACUGUAUAUGCUUAUGAUGUUAAGUGCAGUUCAUCUAAUACUUUUUUUCUACCAAGAUAAGUCAGAUCGUCUCAUUUAAAAAAAGUGUAUUGAUUAAAAACUGUUUAAAAGUUACCUAUAGUAACCUUGUUAAACACAUCAAUUAUAAGUUUAUGUUAUUGGUAUAUUCCAAGUAUGUUAUUUGUGAUGUUGCUGUUAGAUUCAUUUUCUGAAAGUUUUGUAUGUUCUGUUGCAUUGUUAAAUGCAAGUUCUAAAUCUUUUAUUUCAAGGCAGAUCUUACCAGUUGAGCUACUGAAGAUAUAACUGCACUAGUUUUGUAUGAAUUAAUCUAAUUUUCAUUAAUAAUUUCAAAUCUUUAGUAUAAUAAUGAUUUGAGAGAUCUCAAAAUAAAUGUUUACUAUUGCCAAAUAUGUGCAUGUUUUCUUUAUUGCCAGCACACCUAAAUCAGAAAGGAUAAGAAGGUUUGCUGUCACCUGUUGUUUGAGACAGUAACUUUUUAGCAAUACACAAACAUGUUACAGCUUUGUUAAACUUGAAACAAGAGAAAAACAACAAAGUAAAACUUAAUAAAGGUACAAACAGCACAGGGAAACUUCACCUUUAAUAAUUAGUUUUACAGUAUGGGUAAUUUUAUGUCUUCUAACACCUUUUGGUUGGUAUUAUUAAUUAAGAUAGUAAAAUACAAAAAGAUGUUUCUUUCAGAUUGGUUUAGGUAUUAAGCUGGAAAUUCCCAAACACCAGUGAGCCCUUCCUCAACUUAUAGACUGUUGUUGCCUUAGCUAUACAAUAAACCUUUAUUGUAGCAGAAACAUUUUUUGGGAUCUUAUAUAUUAACAUUAAAUACAACCAAUAAUGAAUGUUAUGGUUACCUUAAAUGUGUGUGCUCACUGGUUUAGCUUUCUUGCAGUUUCUUUACAAUAGUAAUCCUAAACCCAAUAUACCCUUAAAACUUGAUGUAUAGGAAUUUGGUUGCCAUGUAAAUGUACACAGACUAUUCCCAAAAAGAUUGAUAGAAUCUUCAAUUAGGUUUGAUUGAUAUGGUCAUCUUCAAAAACAUAUUUAUUAUCUUUUUUGUAUGAUACCAGGAGAUAUGUCAAGUUUCAUGACAGUGACUUUCUGGUUUAGAGGUUUUUCUCUUAUGGUCAUAGUCUUCAUCCUGUGAAAUAUCAAAUGAGAACAUUUCUCCAGAUUAGUUUAGGUUUUGCUUUUAGAACUCUUUGUAGUCCUUAAAGACACGUUGUGCAUAUUUUCCACUUUGAUGGAAAACAUUGAAGGGUCCUUUUUUCAAAGUGUUGUGUUCUUUAUUUCUACAUUACUUAACACACUCACAUUACAAAUACUGUUCAAAAAGAGCUAUGAAAUAUAACCCUUAGCACAGAGUACCCAAGCACUUUCAAAUGCUUGUACAUUUGUUAUGAAUUCAGAAUGUAAUUGUAUAAAAUGUUGUCCAUUGUGGAAUAGCCUACAUCUGCAGCAAUGUGUCACUAAUUAACAUAAACAAGUUAUUCUUAUUAAGUGUAAUUAAACCUCUAUAUGUAAACACAAUACAGAUAAAAACAAUGCUAGAUCUUCUUUGUUAUAAGUUGGUAUGUUAACCCUGAAUACAUGAUUCUUAGAACUUUAUGAGUAUAACUGCAUGCUAUAAUAAUGUAAUGAAUGAAAGGUUUAGAAAAUGAUCUGCAUUGUCAGGUAAACCUGUAACAAGCUUCAAGUGUGUGUGUGUAUAUAUAUAUACACACAGUAUGCUACAUAUGAAUAUAUAAGAAUAACUUACUCAAAAACAACUUAUUUUAAAAUAAGAACAUGGGAUGAUUAAUUUUGUUUUUCCUUUUUGUAUUGAUAAUGUCUAAUAGUGUUGAUUAAACUUCUGUGAACUUGCACUGGCUCAUUUGUUUCAUUAUGAGGUCUUGAAAUAACUGAUAAAUAUACUAUCAAAGAUACUUUGUGAUUACAUUGUAUGUAAAAUUAAUUAAAUCCAAAUAUGUAUUAAACAUUUUCCUACAA